GGCGGCGCGGGGGUUGAGCUCUGGUGUUGCGGACGGACGCGCUCGUGCUCGGGAACUAUCGGAUUAAACUUGAAUCGAGUGAAAUUACACAAAGGAGAGAAGAGGAGAAAGGAGGACUGGGGGACCCCGGAGACCCUGAAACUCACCAGAGCCCAUUUCACCCGCGGCCAACUCUCUGCCCGUGAAUUAAACCCCCCCUGGCAGCGGCAGCCCAGCUCAACUCCGGGGUCCGCUCUGGGUUUUGUUUUCCCCUCUGGCCGAGGGCACCGGCAGAGACCCCCCCUCCCCGCCAACUGGGACUUAUAAUCAGACUUUGCUUGACACUGCAUGGUUCAAGAGAAUUAAGGAAAUAUGGAAUGACAUGAAGAAGAUUAGUUAAGGAUUAAAGGCUUUGGUGACAAACACCUCAGUGAAGUGGUGAAACACAGACUAGCUCUCUCCAAGUGUAGCUCUGAGGAGCUGUGUGUUGGAGGAAGAUGGCAGAUCCAGGAAUGAUGAGUCUUUUUGGAGAGGAUGGAAAUAUUUUCAGUGAAGGGCUGGAAGGCCUUGGAGAAUGUGGUUAUCCUGAAAAUCCAGUCAAUCCUAUGGGUCAGCAAAUGCCUAUAGACCAAGGUUUUGCCUCUUUGCAGUCCUCUCUUCAUCAUCCUCCUACCAAUCAAAAUCAAGCAAAGUUGACCCACUUUGAUCACUAUAAUCAGUAUGAACAGCAAAAGAUGCAUCUGAUGGAUCAGCCUAACAGAAUGAUGAGUAAUACCCCUGGGAAUGGUAUAGCCUCUCCUCAUUCACAGUAUCACAACCCUCCAGUUCCUCAGGUUCCUCAUGGUGGCAGUAGUGGUGGUCAGAUGGGAGUUUAUCCUGGCAUGCAGAAUGAAAGGCAUGGACAGCCUUUUGUGGACAGUGGCUCUAUGUGGGGACCACGGGCUGUUCAGGUGCCAGACCAGAUAAGAGCCCCUUACCAGCAACAGCAGCAACCACCCCAGCCACCGCAGACUCCAUCUGGAGCCCCUGGACAGGGCCAUCCUCCACACAUGCAACAGAUGGGGAACUAUAUGGCUCGUGGUGAUUUUUCAAUGCAGCAGCAUGGUCAACCACAACAGAGGAUGAACCAGUUUUCUCAAGGUCAAGAAGGCCUUAAUCAGGGAAAUCCUUUUAUUGCCUCCUCAGGACCUGGCCACUUGUCUCAUGUGCCCCAACAGAAUCCCAGCAUGGCACCUUCUUUACGUCACUCAGUCCAACAGUUUCAUCACCAUCCCCCCACUGCUCUCCAUGGAGAAUCAGUCGCUCACAGUCCCAGAUUCUCCCCUAAUCCUCCUCAACAAGGGGCUGUUAGGCCACAAACCCUUAAUUUUAGUUCUCGGAGCCAGACAGUACCCUCUCCUACUAUAAACAACUCAGGGCAGUAUUCUCGAUAUCCUUACAGUAACCUAAAUCAGGGAUUAGUUAACAAUACAGGGAUGAAUCAAAAUUUAGGCCUUACAAAUAACACUCCAAUGAAUCCGUCUGUACCAAGAUACCCAAAUGCUGUAGGAUUUCCAUCAAACAGUGGUCAAGGACUAAUGCACCAGCAGCCCAUUCACCCCAGUGGCUCACUUAACCAAAUGAACACACAAACUAUGCAUCCUUCACAGCCUCAGGGAACUUAUGCCUCUCCACCUCCCAUGUCACCCAUGAAAGCAAUGAGUAAUCCGGCAGGUACCCCUCCUCCACAAGUUAGACCCGGUAGUGCUGGAAUACCCAUGGAAGUUGGCAAUUAUCCAAAUAUUCCCCACCCUCAGCCAUCACACCAGCCCCCUGGCACCAUGGGAAUUGGACAGAGGAAUAUGGGCCCCAGAAACAUGCAACAGUCUCGUCCAUUUAUGGGCAUGUCCUCAACACCACGGGAAAUUAGCGGGCACAUGAGACCAAAUGGUUGUCCUGGUGUUGGCCUUGCAGAUCCACAAGCAAUACAAGAUCGUUUGAUACCUGGCCAACAGCACCCUGGUCAGCCCCCAUCUUUUCAACAGUUGCCAACCUGUCCUCCAAUGCAGCCCCAUCCAGGGAUGCACCACCAGUCUUCACCACCUCCACAUCCACAUCACCAGCCUUGGGCACAGCUUCACCAGUCACCCCAGAACACCCCCCAGAAAGUGCCUGUCCAUCAACAUUCUCCAUCAGAACCUUUUCUAGAGAAACCGGUGCCAGAGAUGACUCAGGUUAGUGGACCGAAGGCCCAACUAGUGAAGACUGAUGAUUACCUACCAUCUGUGGAGCAACAGCCGCAACAAAAGAAAAAGAAAAAGAAAAACAAUCAUAUUGUUGCAGAGGAUCCCAGUAAAAGUUUUGGUCAAGAUGAUUUCCCUGGUGGUAAAGACAGCCAGGAGCUAGCCAGGAACUCAGUAGAUGGGUCCCAGGAAGAGAAAAAGAAAAAGAAAAAACCCAAGGCAAAAAGAGAUCCGAAGGAGUCUAAGGAACCCAAGGAGAAAAAAGAGCCUAAGGAACCCAAGACCCCGAAAACCCCUAAGAUCCCCAAAGAGCCAAAGGAAAAGAAAGCAAAAAAUACCACACCAAAACCCAAGUCUAACAAAAAGACCAGUAAUAAGAAACCAGAUUCUGAAGCAAGUGCUUUGAAGAAAAAAAUCAACAAGGGAAAAACAGAAGGUUCUGAAAACUCAGAUUUAGAAAGAACUCCACCACCAUCUCCUCCUCCUGAAGAAGAUGAUGACCCAGGUGUUCAGAAGAGACGCUCUAGCAGGCAGGUUAAAAGAAAGCGUUACACAGAAGACCUGGAGUUCAAGAUUUCUGAUGAGGAGGCAGAUGAUGCAGAUGCUGCUGGGAGAGACUCCCCUUCAAACACCUCACAGUCCGAGCAGCAGGAAUCUGUUGAUGCAGAGGGUCCCGUAGUAGAGAAAAUCAUGAGUAGUCGAUCAGUCAAAAAACAGAAGGAGUCUGGAGAGGAGGUGGAAGUAGAGGAAUUCUAUGUGAAAUACAAAAACUUCUCUUACCUUCACUGUCAGUGGGCAUCCAUAGAAGACCUGGACAAAGACAAGAGGAUUCAACAAAAGAUUAAGCGAUUUAAGGCAAAGCAGGGCCAGAACAAAUUCCUUUCAGAGAUCGAAGAUGAACUUUUUAAUCCAGAUUAUGUAGAAGUUGAUCGGAUACUGGAUUUUGCACGAAGCACAGAUGAUAAUGGAGAGCCUGUGACUCAUUAUCUGGUGAAGUGGUGUUCACUUCCAUAUGAAGACAGCACUUGGGAGUUAAAGCAGGACAUAGACCAAGCUAAAAUUGAAGAAUUUGAGAGACUGAUGUCCCGGGAACCAGAAACAGAACGUGUGGAGCGACCUCCUGCUGAUGAUUGGAAGAAAUCAGAAAGUUCCAGGGAGUAUAAAAACAAUAACAAACUCAGGGAAUACCAGUUGGAGGGAGUAAACUGGUUACUUUUCAAUUGGUACAACACGAGAAACUGCAUUUUAGCAGAUGAGAUGGGUUUGGGAAAAACUAUCCAGUCCAUUACAUUUCUCUAUGAGAUAUAUUUGAAAGGAAUACAUGGCCCUUUCCUAGUAAUUGCCCCAUUGUCCACAAUCCCCAACUGGGAAAGAGAAUUCCGUACCUGGACGGAGUUGAAUGUGGUUGUGUAUCAUGGGAGUCAAGCUAGUCGCCGGACCAUUCAGUUGUAUGAAAUGUACUUCAAAGAUCCACAGGGUCGAGUUAUAAAGGGGUCAUACAAGUUUCAUGCCAUCAUUACUACAUUUGAGAUGAUCUUAACUGAUUGUCCUGAGCUGCGGAACAUUCCAUGGCGCUGUGUAGUCAUUGAUGAAGCCCAUAGGCUGAAGAAUAGGAAUUGUAAACUGUUGGAGGGACUUAAAAUGAUGGACCUGGAACACAAGGUGCUGCUGACUGGUACUCCAUUACAGAAUACAGUAGAAGAGCUCUUUAGCUUGCUUCAUUUCUUAGAACCAACUCGCUUUCCUUCAGAAACCACUUUCAUGCAAGAAUUUGGUGAUCUGAAAACAGAAGAGCAGGUGCAAAAGCUUCAAGCUAUUCUGAAGCCAAUGAUGUUGAGACGCCUCAAGGAGGAUGUGGAAAAAAAUUUGGCCCCCAAAGAAGAAACUAUUAUUGAAGUUGAAUUAACAAACAUUCAAAAGAAAUACUAUCGUGCCAUCCUGGAGAAGAACUUCACAUUUCUCUCCAAAGGGGGUGGUCAGGCUAAUGUCCCUAACCUUUUAAACACUAUGAUGGAAUUGAGAAAAUGCUGCAAUCAUCCAUACCUUAUUAAUGGUGCUGAAGAGAAAAUUUUGGAAGAGUUUAAAGAAACACACAAUGCAGACUCUCCAGAUUUUCAGCUCCAGGCAAUGAUCCAGGCUGCUGGCAAGCUAGUGCUGAUUGACAAGCUGCUGCCAAAACUGAAGGCUGGUGGCCACAGGGUGCUUAUCUUUUCCCAGAUGGUGCGCUGCUUGGACAUACUGGAAGACUACCUCAUUCAAAGACGGUACCCAUAUGAAAGAAUUGAUGGCCGAGUAAGAGGCAACCUUCGUCAGGCAGCUAUUGACAGGUUUUCUAGGCCUGAUUCUGAUAGGUUCGUUUUCCUCCUGUGUACAAGAGCAGGAGGUUUGGGCAUUAAUCUGACUGCUGCUGAUACCUGCAUCAUCUUUGAUUCAGACUGGAAUCCCCAAAAUGAUCUUCAGGCCCAGGCUAGAUGUCACAGAAUAGGACAAAGCAAAUCUGUAAAAAUCUACAGAUUAAUCACAAGAAACUCUUAUGAAAGAGAAAUGUUUGACAAGGCAAGCUUGAAACUUGGCCUGGAUAAAGCUGUUUUACAGUCCAUGAGUGGAAGAGAAAAUGCUACAAAUGGGGUGCAGCAGCUUUCCAAGAAAGAAAUAGAAGAUCUUCUACGCAAAGGUGCUUAUGGUGCACUUAUGGAUGAAGAGGAUGAAGGGUCUAAAUUCUGUGAAGAAGAUAUUGAUCAGAUCCUUCUGAGGCGGACACACACCAUUACUAUUGAGUCUGAAGGGAAGGGCUCUACAUUUGCUAAGGCUAGUUUUGUUGCAUCUGGAAAUAGAACAGACAUAUCCUUGGAUGAUCCAAAUUUUUGGCAGAAGUGGGCUAAAAAAGCUGAAUUAGAUAUUGAUGCUUUAAAUGGACGAAACAAUCUGGUUAUUGACACUCCAAGAGUGAGGAAGCAAACUAGACUUUAUAGCGCUGUGAAAGAAGAUGAGCUGAUGGAAUUUUCAGAUUUGGAAAGUGAUUCAGAAGAAAAGCCUAGCACAAAGCCCCGGAGACCUCAGGACAAGUCACAGGGUUAUGCAAGGAGUGAAUGCUUUAGAGUUGAAAAGAAUCUUCUAGUUUAUGGUUGGGGUCGGUGGACUGACAUCCUUUCUCAUGGACGUUACAAACGUCAACUAACUGAACAAGAUGUGGAAACCAUCUGCCGUACCAUCCUUGUCUACUGUCUCCAUCAUUACAAAGGGGAUGAAAAUAUCAAAAGCUUCAUUUGGGAUCUGAUCACUCCAACAGCUGAUGGCCAGACCCGGGCCUUGGUUAAUCAUUCUGGCUUAUCAGCACCAGUGCCAAGGGGAAGGAAGGGAAAGAAAGUGAAAACCCAGAGUGCACAGCCAGUGCUGCAAGAUGCUGAUUGGCUGGCAAGCUGCAACCCAGAUGCCUUGUUUCAGGAGGAUAGCUAUAAGAAACAUUUGAAACAUCACUGUAACAAGGUCCUGCUGCGUGUCCGCAUGCUGUACUAUCUAAGACAAGAAGUGAUAGGGGACCAGGCAGAUAAGAUCUUAGAGGGUGCUGACUCAAGUGAAACAGAUGUAUGGAUACCUGAACCUUUCCAUGCUGAAGUUCCUACAGAUUGGUGGGAUAAGGAAGCAGAUAAAUCCCUCUUAAUUGGAGUGUACAAACAUGGCUAUGAGAAGUACAAUUCUAUGAGAGCUGACCCAGCACUGUGUUUUCUGGAACGGGUUGGCAUGCCUGAUGCCAAGGCCAUAGCUGCUGAGCAAAGAGGAACAGACAUGUUAGCAGAUGGUGGUGAUGGGGGAGAAUUUGACCGAGAAGAUGAAGACCCUGAAUACAAACCAACCAGAACACCCUUCAAGGAUGAAAUAGAUGAAUUUGCAAAUUCACCUCCAGAGGAAAAAGAAGAAUCUAUGGAGAUACAUACUACAGGCAAGCACAGUGAAAGUAAUGCCGAGUUAGGCCAACUUUACUGGCCUAACACCUCAACCCUGACUACCCGUCUGCGCCGCCUCAUUACUGCCUAUCAGCGCAGCUAUAAAAGGCAACAAAUGAGGCAAGAGGCACUAAUGAAGACUGACCGACGAAGGCGUCGUCCUCGGGAGGAAGUGAGAGCCCUGGAAGCAGAAAGAGAAGCUAUUAUAUCUGAAAAACGUCAAAAAUGGACAAGAAGAGAAGAGGCAGAUUUUUACCGUGUAGUUUCUACUUUUGGAAUUAUUUUUGAUCCUAUGAAACAACAGUUUGACUGGAACCAAUUCCGAGCCUUUGCCAGACUUGACAAAAAGUCUGAUGAGAGUUUAGAGAAAUAUUUCAACUGUUUUGUAGCCAUGUGUAGGCGAGUAUGCCGAAUGCCAGCAAAGCCAGAUGAUGAACCACCUGAUCUCUCUUCCAUGAUUGAGCCCAUCACUGAAGAGCGUGCCUCUAGAACUUUAUACCGCAUAGAACUGUUGAGGAAAAUAAGAGAACAAGUUCUUCAUCAUCCUCAGCUGGGAGAAAGGCUAAAACUCUGCCAGCCAAGCUUGGAUUUGCCAGAGUGGUGGGAGUGCGGUAAACAUGACAAAGAUCUAUUGGUUGGUGCUGCUAAACAUGGAGUUAGUAGGACAGAUUAUCAUAUCUUGAAUGAUCCUGAGUUGUCCUUCUUAGAUGCCCAUAAAAACUUUGCUCAAAAUAGAGGAACAGGUAGUGUAUCUUCCUUAAACCCACUGGCUACUGGAUUCAGUCAGACUCCUCCAGUUAUCUCAUCAACCCACAUUCAAGAUGAAAAGACUACAGAACCAGCUGAAAUUAAAGUAGAGGAGUCUGACCAUCCAGUGGUCAAAGAAAAACCUGAGGUUGAGGAAGAGGAAGCCGAUCCUGGAGAAAAAGACAUGAAGCAGGAAUGUGAGGUUGAGACAUCUUCUAUUAAAAGUGAAACAAAGGAUAUCGAAAUUAGUGCAGAUGCAGAUCCAAAGUCUAUUUCAGAAAAAGGUUCUGAAGAAGAUGAAGAAGAAAAAUUAGAUGAUGAUGAUAAAUCAGAAGAGUCUUCACAGCCUGAAGCAGGAACUGCUUCUCAGGGGAAGAAUUUUGAUGAAGAAAGCAAUGCAUCUAUGAGCACUGCCCGGGAUGAGACCCGGGAUGGAUUUUAUAUGGAGGAUGGAGAUCCUUCUGUAGCUCAGCUCCUUCAUGAAAGAACUUUCACUUUUUCUUUUUGGCCUAAGGAUCGUGUAAUGAUAAACCGAUUAGAUAACAUCUGUGAAGCAGUGUUGAAAGGGAAGUGGCCAGUAAACAGACGCCAGAUGUUUGAUUUCCAGGGACUUAUGCCUGGUUAUGCAUCAACAGCUGUGGACAGCCCCUUACAGAAAAGGACCUUUACAGAGCUUUCAAUGAUUGGUCAAGCUAGCAUCAGUGGUAGUGAGGACAUUGCUGCUUCUCCUCAAUUGUCAAAGGAAGAUGCACUCAACCUAUCAGUCCCUCGUCAGAGGAGGAGAAGGAGGAGAAAAAUAGAAAUUGAGGCUGAAAGAGCUGCCAAGCGGCGGAAUCUCAUGGAGAUGGUGGCUCAGCUGCGGGAGUCUCAGGUGGUCUCAGAAAAUGGACAAGAAAAAGUUGUAGAUUUAUCAAAGGCCUCACGAGAGGCAACAAGUUCUACCUCAAAUUUUUCAUCUGUUACUUCAAAGUUUAUCUUGCCUAAUGUCUCUACACCCGUGUCUGAUGCCUUUAAAACUCAAAUGGAACUGCUACAGGCAGGUCUCUCACGCACACCCACAAGGCAUCUGCUUAAUGGCUCCUUAAUGGAUGGAGAACCUCCCAUGAAGAGGAGGCGAGGAAGGAGGAAAAAUGUAGAAGGGCUUGAUCUGCUUUUCAUGAGCAACAAACGGACAUCAUUGAGUGUAGAGGAUGCUGAGGUGACCAAAGCUUUUGAAGAAGAUAUAGAGACCCCACCAACACGGAACAUUCCCUCUCCUGGACAGCUGGACCCAGACACUCGCAUCCCUGUCAUCAACCUAGAAGAUGGGACCAGAUUGGUUGGGGAAGAUGCCCCUAAAAACAAGGAUUUAGUUGACUGGCUUAAACUACAUCCUACCUACACUGUUGAUAUGCCAAGUUAUGUACCAAGUGCGGAUGUGCUGUUUUCCCCAUUUCAAAAACCGAAACAGAAACGACAUAGAUGUCGAAACCCUAACAAAUUGGAUAUCAACACCUUGACGGGAGAAGAAAGGGUACCUGUUGUAAAUAAACGAAAUGGAAAGAAGAUGGGUGGGGCUAUGGCUCCUCCAAUGAAGGACUUGCCCAGGUGGUUAGAGGAAAAUCCUGAGUUUGCUGUGGCUCCUGAUUGGACUGAUAUAGUAAAGCAGUCUGGUUUCGUUCCAGAGUCCAUGUUUGACCGUCUUCUGACAGGGCCUGUUGUGAGGGAAGAGGGGGCAAGUAGAAGAGGGAGAAGGCCAAAAAGUGAAAUUGCCAAAGCAGCUGCGGCCGCUGCUGCUGCUGCCUCCACUUCAGGCAUCAACCCGCUGCUGAUGAACAGCCUGUUUGCUGGGAUGGAUCUCACGAGCCUUCAGAGCCUGCAAAAUCUACAGUCUCUGCAACUGGCAGGUCUUAUGGGCUUCCCUCCAGGACUUGCAACAGCUGCUGCUGCUGCUGCUGCUGCUGGAGGCGAUUCUAAGAAUCCUGCCACCAUGCUCCCUCUGGUGUUGCCAGGAAUGGCAGGGUUGCCCAACAUGUUUGGACUUGGUGGGCUGUUAAAUAACCCACUCUCAGCUGCUACUGGAAACACCACUACUGCUUCCAGUCAAGGAGAACCUGAAGAUGGCACUUCAAAAGUGGAAGAGAAAGGAAAUGAGAAUGAAGAAGAGAACAAAGACUCUGAGAAAAGCACAGAUACUGUUUCUGCUACUGACUCUGCAAAUGGAUCCGUCAGUGCUGCUACUGCCACAGCUGGAUUGCCCUCAAACCCUCUAGCCUUCAAUCCUUUCCUUCUGUCCACCAUGGCUCCAGGGCUGUUCUACCCAUCCAUGUUUCUACCUCCAGGACUGGGAGGAUUGACACUGCCUGGUUUCCCAGCAUUAGCAGGACUUCAGAAUGCAGUGGGUUCCAGUGAUGACAAGGCUGCUGACAAAGCUGAGGGAGUUCCCUUUAAAGAUGAAGAACACCUCGAAGGCAGUGAUGCUGAGGAAAGCCUAGAUAAGACUGCAGAUUCCUCCAUUUUAGAAGAUGAAAUAGCACAGGGUGAAGAACUAGACUCACUUGAUGGGGGGGAUGAAAUAGAAAACAAUGAAAAUGAUGAAUAACCAGUACCAGUUACAGUUAAAGUGUUUAAAACUUUUGACAAGUGGUAGUCCUACUGUUUACACUCACAGUUAAUGUUCAUACCUAGUUUUUAUAAGCUGUUCUGUAACAUAGUGUAGCAAAAAAAAAAAGUCUAAGUCAUGUUAUACAGAUGUGUCAAAAGGUAUCUUGGUCAUUAAGUAUUGUGCAGUGCAUUAUUUAUUAUCCCUAGGAGAGAUGAAAUUUGAGAGGUGAUCAUGUCUUUUUAAGGAAACUUACAUAAUGCUCUGCUUUUUUUUUUCUUUUGGUACCAUUGGUAUUAUAAAAGCAGCAAUUUGUAACAGAGUGGCACUAAUAGAAGGAAGUGCUGCUUAAAGGAAGUAUGAAGUUAUAUAUUUAAUUUUUUAAUUUUAAUUUUUUUUUUUUUUUUUUUUUUUUUGCUGUGAAGGUCAAGAUGAAAUUUACCAUACAUAUCAUAUUUGCUCAUUAUUUUUGACUGUAUGGGAGUUCCCACACUUGCUCACACACACAUACACAAACACACACACACACACACACACACACACAAACACACACUCUGACAAUCUCCAAGAUAGUGUGAAUGUCUCUGUCUUGAGACACAGCAAUAAUAAGGCAGCUGUUGAAUGUGAAGAGUACCUUUUGGAAAUUAACCCACUGAGAAGGUUCUUACAGGAUAAAACUACAGUUCAAUUAUCUCAUGAUCUUGUAAUGCACUGGUAUAAACAAAAAAAAAAAAAAAAGAAAGAAAAAGAGAGAGAAUCAGGUACCUUUUUUUAAAUUAAAGGACUUUGUUACUUUAGCCACAAAGCUAAACAGCAUUACCUCAACUCUAAACUAGCCUUGAAGUUUACAGACAUGACUUUGUAAAUGUAUUGUUUUUCUUUGUUGUGAUGUCCUUUUAUUUUUUCUUUGAAAACUGCUAUCAUGUAAGAUAAGAUGUAAAUUGCUGCCAACUGUAGUAAUGAUACUUUUAAUAAAAGUGACCCAUGAUAUGCAGAGAUGUAAUUAUAGAAUGUAGUGUUUAGGGAAAUCACAACUGGUGUUCACUCUAUUUUUUGUAUUUGCAAUAGAUGCCAAUACAGCAUUCUGGCUUUUGUACGGUUUCUUGAUAUAUCCUCUUAUACUAGAUUAGCUAUUAGUAAUACUCUGAACUGAUUGUCUUUGAGAAUAGACAGAAAAAUCUUGAAUUACCUUCACAUUAUUCACUCUAGCUAACUACAGAAAUGCACACAAAACCCCCUGCAUUACCCCCUCAAAAGGGCAUCAGAGACUGAGAAUACUUAAAAAUGUGUUCAGCAUGUGAUAAUAUGGUACACUAAAGAAUAAAAGGGCAAAAGAAAAAUGAAGCUUUAAUAGGCACAAUAUCUAGGUCAUUUAUCCUUGGUUAAUGGAUAGAAAAACACAAUGCUGUAGUGUCAGCAAGGGACACAAAGGCUCUGUGGUAUCCUGUAGACCAGUGCUUGUGAUGCCAGAAACCAGUGUGUCAAACAACCUACAUGAAACUAAAUCUGACCCACUUUAAAAAAAAAAACAAAAAAAAAAAACUAAAGCCUUUUCUAGAGAGUUACCGAUUUGUACCCUUUGGUGACCUUUGAUAUUUGAGAUAAUGUAUCAUCUGAGAACUACUGUUUUCAAUCUUCUGUGUCACCUGGACAAACAAAACUAAAGGCAAGAGAGCAGAGAGGAAAAAGUGGAGGAGGAAGUUGUUUUUAUUUAUGUUUUUUCUUUAUUCACGCCAGAAAUUAAACUUACAAAUACACAUGCAACUUUAGUAACACUAGGUUGAAUAUCACACACGCACACACUGUACUCAAAGUGCCAGAAAGGGGGAUAGUUUUGAAUCUUCACUUAAUAAUGAUACUCUUGCUUCUCCCCCUCAAAAGUAACUUAAUAUAUGGUGUGUAUUAGAAGAAGUGUCUGAAAGGGCAUAUAUUCUGAAAGGGAAUUAAUUCUUUGAACACAGAAAAUAAAAAGAGGUCAAUAAAAUGUGUAAGGAGGAGAAUAGCGUACAAAUGAAUUGUUAAAUCUAUAGUACAGUAACUAGAGAACUUUAUAGGUCUUGAAUAAGUCAAGCUAGAAUUUGUAAUGAAAUAAACUAGAAAGGGAAAUUUUUUAUAUCUUUUUUAUGGACAAGUUUUUUUUUUUUAAAUGAGUAGAAUAUACAAUGUAUAUUUAUCCAUCCAUAUUGGAAGAUAAAUGUUAUGAUUAGUUAUGACUUUCACCAUCAGUUAUUAGCUGCAGUCCAAGUAGAGUAGUGUAAGUGAUAGGCCAACUAUUGACCAUCACAGCAUAGCCUACAGGACACGUUUGUUUAAUCUUUGAAGUUACUUAAAAUUCUAUAUUGAAAAGUGUAACUGCAUAUUUGCUCUCUAAGAGAGCUUCAAGGUUAAAGAUCUAGGUGUCUGCCUACUUAGGAGAUGUUUUUAGUUCAAUUAGGAUCACAGCUCUAUACAAGAAAGGAUUUUAGAGACCAUUUAAUGCAACCCUCUCCUUUUACAGAUGAGGAAACUGAGGUGUCCAAGAUCAUACAAGUGACAUAUGGCAGAUCUGUGAUUUGAAUUCAGAUCUCAUGACUUGGCACUCUUUCACUGCACUGAGAAUGAAACAGUUCCCAGCAAGAAAUGAAGUAUUGACAGAUGAUCCUGUAGGACCCAGAUGCUUCUACUUCUAUAUUUUGUCUUUACUCACUGGUGAAAUUGAAAGUAUUAAAUUUGAAGUUAGAGUACCUGGUUUCAAAUGCAAAUUCUGCCAUUUUACUCUGUGAUCUUUGCCAAAUUACUUAACUUCUCUGGGGACUCUUUCCUUAUUUGUCAAAAAGAAUAUUGGUAUGGAUGUUGUUUAAGGUCCCUUUUAGCUCAGAGUCAUAGAAUUGUAGAUUUAUGCUAAAGAUUUUUUUCAUGCUACAUGUACCGCAGGUAUGUUUUAAUCCUUUAGCAUCUGUAUUAUUUUAUCCAAGGACAUGUUAAGAUUGUGCACUUACUAAUAUCUACUAUGUUUUUAGUAAAGAAAAAGAAAAGAAACUUUGCAUCUUUUGGUUUGUUUUAGUGAGAGUGAGAUGACCAGAAAAAGAUUAUAAGUAAAAAAAAAAAAAAAAAAA